CAAAAAUAAAAUUUAUAAUGACUUAUUAUUAUGCCUCCUCUGCCUUGAGGAGAAUCCAAAGAUGGAAGUGCCUGAGCAGCGGCCAGAGGAUCUACGUCUGGUUCUAGUCAUAAAACCACCUCCGAUCCUCACCCUAUUUGGGGAGAAACUCAUCUCAACAAAAUUUCAGCUCCUGAAAGCGUGGGAGUCAGCUCUCCCUCUGGAUCAAUUCUUGAUUACCCACGCGGGCUCUGUCCGAGCAGUCUUGUGCUCUGGUGCAUCUCCCAUCACCACCGACGUCCUCCAAUUGCUGCCUUCGUUGCAACUUGUUGUUACUGCCAGUGCAGGUCUCAACCACGUCGACUUACCGGCGUGCAGGCAGCGGGGCAUAGCAGUCACCAAUGCUAGAACUGUUUUGGUAGACGAUGGUGCCGAUGCUGCUGUGGGGUUGUUAGUUGAUGUGCUCAGAAAGAUCUCUGCUGCUGAUCGAUUCGUGAGACAACAGGGACUUUGGCCUGCCAGCGGAGAUUACCCUCUUGGCUCCAAGUUAGGAUGCAGGCGGGUUGGAAUUGUUGGAUUGGGAGGCAUUGGCUCAGCAGUUGCAAAGAGGCUGGAGGCGUUUGGCUGCACCAUCGCCUACAACUCAAGGAAAAAGAAGCCUCAUGUUCCUUACCCCUUUUACCCAAAUGUGCUCCAGCUGGCUGAAAACAGCGAUGUCCUCAUCAUUUGCUGUGGACUAAAUGCAGAAACCCGACACAUGAUCAAUAGAGAAGUACUGCUGGCUCUAGGAAAGGAAGGGGUCCUCAUCAACAUCGCACGUGGGGCUAUUGUGGACGAGAAAGAAAUGGUGCAGAGCUUGUUGGCAAGGGAGAUUGCGGGUGCUGGUUUGGAUGUGUUUGAGAAGGAGCCUGAUGUUCCCAAAGAGCUUUUUGCAUUGGACAAUGUUGUGCUCUCCCCGCAUGCGGCUGUGUUUACGCCGGAAUCCUUUUUGGGUUUGUGUGAGCUCGUGGUCGGCAACUUGGAAGCUUUCUUUUCAAACAAGCCAUUGCUUUCUCCAGUCCUUGAUGAAUGAAUGAUGUGUAUUUCUAGUUCAUGGAAGCAUUAGCUUCAAUUUUAUGAAUCAAGAUCCAACGGUUGA